GAUGAAUACACACAAACACACAGUGGCAGCAAAAAUGUUCGGCACGCCUCUCCACUAACAAGAGUCUCGGUUUACUCCACGAUUAUUUUUGUAGCGUAGUUGCGUAGGCCCUUUUAGAGGCGUUUUAACCGCGAAUCUAGAACAUCGCAUAAACAUUAUCAAAAAUGGCAGAAGCUGCCUUUCCAAGUCAACAUACCACUACAACUGUAACAACCAGUACAACAGUCCAAACCAACCUUCGUUAUGAUCCAUUAUAUCUUAGAACAGUGCCUGGAAUUCUUAAACUAUGUCAAGUUAUAUUGAAUAUUUUGGGUUUUAUUUGCAUUGAAGCUAGUGGUGUACAUAGCUCAGCAUCAAGAGGAUCAUUCUUCAUUUUUGUGGCAACCACAGCAUUUUGGUUCACUGGCAUUCUACUUGUAUUUUACCUCUUUCAUGUAAUUGAAAAGUUCUUUAAAAUUCCAUGGCUGAAGAUUGAAGGAAUCUUUUGUGCAACUUGGGUGUUACUUUAUUUGAUUGCAUCUUGUUUGGCAGCCACAUAUGCAGUGGAAGGCUUCAGAGUGGCAGCUUUCUUUGGUUUCUGUGCAAUGGUGGCAUAUGGAUAUGAUGCUUUCCUGAAGUAUCAUGGAGUGCGCCAAGGCGAACUGGCGCAAGGAGAAAGGGCGAUUAAUAAACAAAUCACAACGAUUACCUCACCAGCGUAUUAAUAAUACGAUUUUUUUGUUUAAUUUGAUGAUUAGCAGUCUAAAUCGGUUAAAUUCCGACUGAUUCAGACAAUUACACUACACUCAUAUCAAAUUAUAUCAAAUCACAUUUGCAUUUUACAUGUACCUUUUUGAUAGUGGUUUUCUGUGAUGCUUUAUUGAAACGAAGUUCAUUUUAAGUGUAACACGUUUCUAAAAUGUUGGUUAAAAAGCAAAACAUGAGAUGAUAUUACUUUUAUCUAUAAAAUAGAAGCAAGAUAUGAUUGGUGGCACGGAUUUAUAGGAAAGUUUCGAUAAUUUAGUAAAUAUUAUAUCUAUAAGAUAAGGAUACUUUUGGUUUUGCAUUUAAAAUGUGUUAAAAUUUAGCCAAGAAAGCAAUGUAUAUGAAAAUGUUAUUGUAUUGCAAAAAAAAAACGAGCAAAAUUAUUAUUAAGAGCCAAGCUUAUAUGAAUGCAUUUGCUGUUAUUUGCUCUGUAUUAAAAUUUAGAAUGCAUGUACUUAAAGUACCUAAAGUACUCUGUUAAAAUAUCACAUAUGAAAAUAUUUAUUUGUUUAAACUGCUUGGUUGAGUUUCAAAUGCGUAACAAUAUUCUAAACAAUGUGUACAUACAUGUUAAUGAUAACUAAUUUAACAUAAUAACACCUCACACAUUUAUCGUGAUAUCUCGGAUAUUUUUAUAUGUAUUUUAACACGUUUAUCACAAAUUAAUGAGGAUGAAAGGAGACGAAUCAAGGAUAUUUGUAUUACACGAAAUUGUUAUCAAUGUUUAGCUUUUGCAGAGUGUAUAUUUCGAAUAUGAAUCUUAUACCUAUGUAAAUGUUUGAAGGGAGCAAUGUUGUGCUUUAUUAUAAUAUGUCAAAAUCAAUAAAUUCUACACCGUU